AUGAAUUUAGCAUAAUAAUAAACAUAAGAAGAAAAUCCAUUUCAAUUUGAGUUGGAUUCUAAAAAGUUUCUCUAAAAGCUAGAAAGAGAACGUAAUUCAGGAUAUAAUGACGACGAUGAAGAACAAAAGCAAGUUCCGCAUACUUAAAAAUUAUACCAAACUAGUGCCAAGUCAACAAGAUUUGGACUGUUAUAAAAAUUAGAAGAUCAAACUAAUAAAUUAGCGUAAGAGAGAGAUGAGAUGUUUGUCAACGAAGCCAAAAUGAGAGAUCCUAAUUAACCUUAGAAAAUUGAUGAAAUAGCUUAACACAUCAAACAUUUCAAUCCAAAAUUGAUGGAAUACAGAGAUGACGAAGCUAGGAAAACUAUCUAUGGAAAAGAAGAUAAAAAGAAGGAUUAGGAGUUGUAGGAAAUGAAAAAGAAAAAAUAUCGAAUUAAAUCAAUUUUAAGAGAAAAGAGAGAAACAAUCACAGAUUUCAUCGAAAAGAAACGAGAAAUCUGUUUGGCUAAUUUAAAUAUUAUGACUAAGAAGGAAGAAACCGAAAGACUUGAGGAUUUUAUAAAGAAUGAAUAAGAAUCAUUAAGAGCAAGGAGAUUAUACUUUAAAAACGAUUGUGAAUUAGUGAAAAAGUUCAUGAAUGAAGUUAAAUACUAGGCAGAUUAAGCUGCAUUUUAAGCAGAUAGAGAAGCAAAAAAGAAAGAUGAAGUCAAAACUGAAGUUGCCAAAAUAUUAGCUCAAAUUGAUAGAUUGAAGUUAUAAAAGACAAAAUAUGGAGAGGAAUUUGAAAAAUUAGAUAAAUACAGAUAAUUUUUAGAAAAAAUAAAAGAUACAUACAAAACGAAGUUUUCAGAAUUUGAGAAGAAAGACAUUAACUUGUUUUCAAAUCAAUAAAAUGAAUAGAAGAACUAAUUCUUUGUUACUGGAGUAGAUUAGAGGGAAGAAUAAAAAUAAACUUAGGAGUAAAUAGAAGCAGAAAGACAGUAAGAAAGAAUGGCUGAUUUGGUAAUUGAGAUCCUUAACAAUAUUGAAGAGGGCAAUUUGAGAAAUAUAUAAAAUUAAAGGGAUGCUGAAGAAGAUAUUGAAUAGAAGAAGAGGGAAUUGGAAAAAUUGGAAUAAAAAUUAAAAAAUGAAUAGGAUGAACAUUUAGAGAUGUUGAAAGCAGAAGAAAGAAAAUUGAAAGCAUAAUUGAAAAUACAAAAUUAAUUGAAGGAUUAGGAAAAGGUAGAUCAAACAAAAUUAUAAUUUGCAGAAGGGGAAGACUUAGAUAUGGAUAAAAUUGGAAAGAAAAUCAUUGAAAUAUAAUAGGAAGCAACUAAAAAUUAGGAUAUUAUGGGAAAGAGAUUGUAGAUUGACUCAAAAGUAAUUAAAUAAGUUAUUAAUCAAUUAGAAAAAAUAGUAAUUGACUUAUCAGAAUCUAAAUUACAAUUCUUGUUAAGAUCAAAAACUGACUUUAUUGAAGCAGAGAAGAAAAUCAAGAAGGAAAAACAGCAAUAAAGGUUAAAUAAUCAGAAGGAUGAGGAAAAGAAGAAAUAAAUUAUGGAGAGGAGAAACAAAAAAGAAGAACAUUUGCAGAAAUUUUAUAAGGGAAGACAUGACAUGAAAAGGAAUUAUAAAUAGGAAAAGCCUGUAGUUGAAACAGAGGAAACAGAAACAGAUCAAAAUGAUGAUGAAAAGUAUUUAAGGGAAUCUUAUGAAUUGGUUUAUGUGCCUCCUUAGUAAAAAUCUCAUAAUUAAUAAUAAUCAAAUGAAUUAAACAUAAAGUAGAAUGAGAGAUAAUAAUGA